GGGACAUCAGUGUCCAGAGAGACGGAGGAGUGUCUGGAUGAAGGGAACGUCAGAAAGAGAUAAAUCAGCUGUGUGACUGAGUUUUAGUCAGAAAGCUGGUGGAGCUCAGCAGCUUCUCCUCUCUGAUGAUGGAGACCCAGGACGGAGCAGAGCUCUGCUUUCCAGAACUCCUCAACACCUCCUGCAGGAAGCCGGCACCUCCUUGGCAUCCUGCUGUGCUUUUCCACAUUCUGCUGUCCUCCAUCUCUGUCGUCACGGCCACACUCAACCUGCUGGUCAUCAUCUCAGUCUCACACUUCAGGCAGCUUCACUUUCCCUCCAACCUCCUCCUCCUCUCUCUGGCCAUCUCAGACUUCCUCGUGGGCCUCAUACUGAUCCCGACUGAGAUCCUCCGACAGACAGCCUGCUGGUUUCUUGGUGACCUCAUGUGUUCUCUGUAUAUUUAUGUCUCUUAUAUCAUCACCUUUUCAUCAAUUGGAGACAUGGUCCUCAUAUCAGUGGACCGUUACAUUGCUAUUUGUCAUCCUCUGCAUUACUCCACCAGAGUCACUGUGAGAAAAGUUCAAAUCUCUGUUUGUCUCUGUUGGCUCUUUUCUCUUGUCUUUAUCACUCUCCUGUUGCAGGAAGACCUCCAUCGUCCCGGCAGUUAUCAUUCCUGCCGCGGUGAGUGUCUCUAUGUCAUUAACAGCACUGCAGGAAUAUUUGAUAUUAUUUUCUGUUUCAUUCUCCCCAUCGCCAUCAUCAUCACCCUGUACAUGAGAGUGUUUGUGGUGGCUGUGUCUCAGGCUCGCGCCAUGUGCUCUCAUGUUACAGCAGUCAGAAACAAGCAGUCGGUCAAAGCAACUGCCAACAAAUCUGAGCUGAAAGCAGCCAGGACUUUAGGUGUUGUUGUACUUGUGUUUCUGUUGUGUUUUUGUCCGUUUUACUGUGUCGCUUUGUCAGGGGAGAAUGUGCUCAAUGCUUCGGCUGCAGCUUUUGUUAAUAUUCUGUACUACUUUAACUCCUGUCUAAACCCUGUGAUCUACGCUUUGUUCUACCCCUGGUUCAGAAAAGCCAUUAAACUCAUUGCUACGCUUCAGAUCCUGCGGCCUGGAUCCUCUGAGGCCAACAUCCUCUGA